GCUGCAGUUAUACCUUGUUCAAGAUGUUUGAUGAUCUUAUACUUCUAGCAAAAGGAGGUCUUACUGUGUACCAUGGACCAGUGAAGAAAGUGGAGGAAUAUUUUGCAGGCCUUGGGAUCCAUGUUCCUGAUCGUGUUAAUCCUCCAGACCACUUCAUUGACAUUCUGGAGGGUAUUGUAAAACCAAGCACUAGCUCAAAUGUGAGUUAUCAAGAGCUUCCUGUCAGAUGGAUGCUUCAUAAUGGUUAUCCAGUACCCCCAGACAUGAUGGAGACUGUAGGUGGGAUUGAUAUGCCCUCAACAAGUGUAAAUCCAAGCAAUGAAACAAAUUCCAUUGCCGCAAAUGGAGAACAAUCUUUUGCUGGAGAUUUGUUGCAGGAUGUGAAGUGUAAUGUUGAGCUUAAGCGGGACAAUAUCCACCACAAUUUCUUGAAGUCCAAAGAUCUAUCAAACCGAAAAACUCCUGGUGUAUCGCAACAAUAUAGAUACUUCCUUGGAAGGGUUGGUAAGCAAAGACUACGGGAAGCUAGAAUACAAGCAGUAGACUUUUUGAUCUUAUUGCUUGCUGGUGCCUGCUUAGGAACACUUGCUAAAGUGAGUGACGAAACCUUUGGGGCAAUUGGCUACACUUACACUGUCAUUGCAGUUUCUCUCUUAUGCAAGAUCGCAGCUCUGAGAUCAUUUUCUCUGGACAAGUUACACUAUUGGAGAGAGAGAGCAUCUGGCAUGAGCAGCCUAGCUUAUUUUCUUGCAAAAGAUACAAUUGACCAUUUCAAUACACUUGUCAAGCCUCUAGUGUAUCUUUCCAUGUUCUAUUUCUUUAAUAAUCCACGAUCUUCGUUCACGGAUAAUUACAUUGUUUUGUUCUGCCUUGUCUACUGUGUGACUGGUAUAGCAUAUGCAUUUGCAAUCUUCCUUGAACCAAGCCCAGCCCAACUGUGGUCAGUGCUGCUUCCUGUUGUUCUGACUCUAAUCGCUACACAGCAAAACAAAAGUCCGUCUAUGAAGAGAUUAAGUGACUUAUGCUACUCAAAGUGGGCUUUGGAAGCAUUUGUGAUAGCAAAUGCUGAAAGGUAUUCUGGAGUGUGGCUGAUAACUCGAUGUGGUUCACUUCUGAAGAGUGAGUAUGAUGUUCAUGAUUGGAAUCUCUGUCUAGUUAUCCUUAUCCUCUAUGGUAUAGUUAGUCGUGCUAUAGCUUUCUGCUGUAUGAUUACCUUCCAAAAAAAAUAAGUCAGAAUUAUCAUUCUUUUGCCGUUUUUUUUUUCAUUUUUUGUACAAAAUUGAAAAAGGUUCACCUUUUGAGACUCGUGUACCACAGUAGCUUUCUGAACCAUCAGUCAUUCCCGGAAAGUGAUACAGGCCUUUGUAACCAAGUUGGAAUCAGUAGUUAAACAUGGCAUAUGGUAUUAAAAAUUUUAAAUCAGUGGAAGAACAUGUUGGACAAAAUUAUGUAAACUACAUCCUGAUUCAAUUAGCAUUGUAUUUAGGAUUCAAUGGACAUGAACAAUUAAUAAAGGUAGCACGUCCAAUUUAGGUUUUGUUUCA